AUGGAAGCACGAACUGACCUGGACCGCGGCCAGUGCAAGGGAUUACUUGCGGCCUUGACCCGGGAGUAUGCUUUCAUACAAGGUCCACCGGGGACCGGAAAGACCUAUCUUGGUAUUCAAUUGAUGAAAAUUCUGCUCCAUUGUAAGAGAAAGGCAAAUUUGGGACCUGUGGUAAUCGUGUGUUAUACAAAUCACGCAUUGGAUCAGUUCCUGGAACAUCUACUCGCAGCUGGCAUCAAAAAAAUCAUUCGCAUUGGAGGCCAAAGUCAAUCUACCCUGCUGGAAGACCAUAAUCUUCGAAAUAUAUCUCAAGCAGAGAUGAAGACUACGAACGAGAAUUAUCUUCUUGCUCUACAAUACAGUUCUUUAGAUGAGGAAACAAAACGCAUCAAAGGAGACCUGGGGAGUUUGCAUAGUAUACGCGGGCGAGAGAACUGGCCACGUUUUCAACAUCACCUCCAGCGACAGUAUCCCCGAAUCCACGCUCAGUUUCGAGAGAUUGAUGAAGAAGGGUAUGAGAGCGUUGGCCGACAUCCCUUUGAACGGUGGGCGGCAGCUGGGCAGUCUUUCGUGAUCCCAGUGGGUACGGACGGACACAAGUUGAUUGUGCCACACAAGCUCGUUGACAGUGUUCUGCUUCAGAAAGCAGAGAAGAGCGUUUACUUGUUAUCGCCGGAAGAAAUAUAUAGGCUUGUGCAACUGUGGAGCCAAGAGAUUCAUGACUAUGCUUCGAAUGACCUAUUCGAAAGAUUGAAGGGGAUCGGCGAUUACCAACAGGAGAUAAAAAUACACGACGAAGUUGAUAGACGGGUCCUGCAGUCUGCAGAUGUUAUCGGCAUCACCACAACGGGCCUAGCCAAGCGAAUUUCCACCUUGAAGCGUGUCAGAAGCAAGGUUGUGAUAUGUGAGGAAGCAGGCGAGGUAAUGGAAGCGCACAUGCUAUCCGCGUUGCUCCCAACAGUCGAGCAUUUCAUCCAAAUCGGUGACCACGAGCAACUCCGUCCCCAAAUUAACAAUUUCAUCAGCUUGUCACUGGAGAGCAGGCAGGGCAGUCUGUACAAACUCGACCGCAGUCAAUUCGAAAGACUUUCUGUUGGGGAGCCUGGAAGGGCAAAGAUGCAAGUGGCCCAAUUGAAUGUCCAGCGGCGAAUGCGUCCUGAGAUCUCAAAACUGAUUCGGGAGACCAUAUAUCCCAUGCUAGUUGAUCACCCUUGCACGGGCAAUCUUCCCGACGUUGUUGGUAUGCGAAAGAAUGUCUUUUGGCUAGACCACGGUCAUUUGGAAGAGGGCCAGCACUCCGAGAUGCACCACAAGUCACAUUCCAAUAUCUGGGAGGUGGAAAUGGUACACGCGUUAGUCCGCCAUAUCGUCCGCCAAGGCGCGUAUAAGAGCAGUGAUAUUGCUGUCUUGACACCAUACACCGGCCAGCUUCAAAAACUUCGCACAGCAAUGCAGAACGACUUCGAGAUUGUGAUUAGUGACCGGGACCAAGAAGCGCUGGAGAAGGACGGAUUUGACGAUACCAUCAGCGGCAUUCUCAGCCGUCUUGUGAGCAGUGUUGUGGAACAGGGAUCGGACGGCGAAUUCGAACAGCUUAGAAAGGCCCCUUUGAAGAGGAAGAGACUCAGUGACCUUUUGCGAAUUGCCACUAUCGAUAACUUCCAGGGUGAAGAGGCCAAAUUAAUCAUUGUGUCUUUGGUCAGGAGUAAUACCGAGAGAAAGGUGGGGUUUCUAAAGACGACGAACCGAAUUAAUGUCCUCCUUAGCCGUGCCCAGCAUGGUAUGUAUCUCAUUGGUAACUCGGAUACUUAUUCGAAUAUCCCGAUGUGGCAGAAAGUCAUUGAUAUGCUCCGGGCAUCGGACGCAGUCGGUAACUAUUUGGGUCUCUGUUGCCCGAGGCAUGAAGAAACUCCCAUCCAAGUCUCAGAGCCGGAUGAUUUCCCAAGGCAGAGUCCAGAAGGUGGAUGCCGGUUGGCGUGCACCUGGCGUCUUCCUGAUUGCGGCCACAUGUGCCAGGCUAGAUGUCAUUCAGAAAGCAUGCACAAUAUAUUGUGUCAUAUAGCACAACGCCCAGCUGACAUCCGUUGCAACAUUCCAGUGCCCAAAAAGGUCUCUAGUUGUGGUCAUACGGUGGAAGUGGCAUGCUGGUUGGACAUCACUUUGGAUCGUUUCCGAUGUCCUACGCCUUGUGCAACACUUCUUGAUUGUGGUCACCCCUGCCCAGGUGCGUGCGGGCAGUGCAAUACCAAGAACGAAAUGGAGACACCUUCGAUCUCUCACCAAAAAUGCCGGAAAGUCUGUGGGAGACCUUUCGGAACAUGCCGCCAUACCUGUCGCAAACCGUGCCAUCAUGGAAAUGAAUGUGGUCCCUGUCUAUCUCCCUGCGAGGUCCGCUGCCAACAUUCAAAGUGCAAGCUACUUUGUCACGAGGCAUGUACUCCAUGCAUCGAACGGUGUGCGUGGGCUUGUGAGCACCAAGGAACUUGCACCAUGCCCUGUUCCGCUCCCUGUAAUAAGUUACCAUGCGAUCAACGCUGUUCUAAAGGACUUCCCUGUGGUCACCAGUGUCCUGGACUUUGCGGCGAGUUGUGCCCUGAAGAGUACUGCCAUCAAUGUACCAGCAAGCAGGAUACUCGAGUCGACCUCCUUGAAAUGAAGACAUACGCCGAAAUUGACGUCAACGAGACACCCAUUGUUGUCCUCGGGUGCGGUCACUUCUUCACCGGAGAGAGUCUCGACGGUGUGGUAGGGUUAAAUGAAGUCUACACCUCCGAUGAAUCUGGGCGGUUCACGGGGCUUUUGGAUAUCUCUGGGGGCCUCGCCAGUAAGGUUCCUCAGUGCCCUGAUUGUCAAUGCCCAGUAAGGCAAUAUGUGACGCAGCGAUACAACCGAUUGAUCAACCGAGCUGUGAUCGACGAGAUGUCAAAGCGGUUCCUCGUCAACGGCAAGAUGGAGUUGAGGGGCCUUGAACUCCAGGUUGAUGAGCUUGAGAAUGAGUUGGAGACCUCCAUAUCGCAACUCACGGACCGCACGAGGAGUUAUCGCGAGAGUGAAGGCAGAAUAUCAUUGUUUCUUUACGACGUCCUUAAGAAGAUCGAAACUCGAUAUAAAAAAUCUCGCGAACUGAACAGAGAGAUCAACCGAUUCCUCCGAAAAGUCGCUGACCGCCAUCAACCCGCCCACAAGCUUCACGAGGCCACGGUCCACGCCAUCAGCACUUUGGAAAGCAAGUCGAAAUCACUGGACGCAGCGCUAGCGUCUCUAAGCAUUGGGGAGCCACAAGAGUCAAUUCGUCCUGUCGAGCGUGACCGCCGGAUUACGCUGGGAGGGCGAAUGGUCCAAAUAAAGGCCGAGUGUGUCGUUCUCGAAGACAAAUUCAGCGUUGCAGCGAUCAUAAAUUCUGCUUCAACCCGGCUGUCCGCCGAGAGUAGCUCUGCUGCAGCAGUAAACUUCACAAUCCCUGGUGGUUCGCCGAAGAGACUCACCAAGCCGUUCCUCCAGAUCUGCGCGAUAUUCAUCAAGGACUGCAACGCUGAAAACCUCCCCAAGCUCGCAGUUGAAGCUUCACUUUACUACACCAGAGUGGCUCGACAUUACCGCAAUUCGGGUCUGUCUAACAACAUAGAUGACGAAACACAAGACACCGCGAAGGCCACUGAGUACAUCAACGAGGCAAGGGAUUUGCUAGAAAAGGCGCUUGAACUAUGCCAGCAGCCUUUUGAGAACGCCGAUCAAUUGAAGAAGGCGGCCGAGGAGAGUAUCAAGUUUCUAGGAAAAGAAUGGUACGAAGCAGUCACGCCCGAAGAGCUCGCUGCCAUCAAGCGGGCGAUGGUGAGUGGGUCGAGGGGGCUCGCAACGCACUCGGGUCACUGGUAUCACUGCAGCAAUGGACAUCCGUUCGCAAUUGGCGAGUGCGGGAUGCCGAUGGAACAGGCUCGCUGUCCGGAAUGUGGAGCACCGAUUGGGGGUUCGAACCAUCAGGCCGUUGCAGGAGUCACACGUGCGACGGAAAUGGAGACGUGA